AUGCGACAGCUCACUGAACAGGAGACGAAGAUAGUGUUUGAGAAGCUGAGCGGGUACAUUGGUCCGAACAUUGCGCAGCUGGUGCAAAGGCCCGACGAGAAGUUCUGCCUCCGCAUCCAGAAAGACAGAGUGUACUACAUGUCCGAGAAGCUGGCCCGGCUGGCCACAUCGAUUGCCCGCCCUAAUCUUAUGUCCUUGGGGAUCUGCCUGGGCAAGUUCACCAAGACGGGCAAAUUCCGCCUGCACGUCACCAGUCUCCCCAUUUUGGCGCCCUACGCCGUCAACAAGGUGUGGAUCAAGCCCAACGGCGAGAUGCCAUUCCUGUACGGCAACCACAUUCUGAAGGCCCACAUUGGUCGGUUUUCCGAGGACGUACCUGAACACGCUGGAAUGGUUGUUUUCAGUAUGACCGAUCUGCCGCUGGGUUUCGGAAUCAGCGCCAAAUCCACCGCAGAGGUGCGGAGGGCCCAGCCCAACGCCAUUUCCGUAUUCCGCCAAAGCGACAUUGGCGAGUACUUGCGCGAGGAGGAUACGCUUUUUACUUAG